GAAGGUUCGCAGUGGGGGAUCACAUAACCGGCCCGACUAUACGUGGAAGGGAUAAUUAACCGACACAACUGUAGCUCCCUAUGCUGCCUAACGGAAGGACGAAGAAAGGUUACCAUGGCUACGUGGAUGGGAUCCGGCCAAUCCCGGUGUACCUGGGAGGCGUGGUCUCUGCAUUGGCCCCCCCGAUUCCGUCUAUCGCCGUCUCUUUUUCUCGCCUACACCCCUACACGAAGAUCGGACAGUGGUGGAAGUAGCGAGACAGAGAGGUAGAGGUAGGUCUAGAGCGCCAGCGAAACAGCCCGGUUGCAACGGGCGCGUACAAACGUAUCAUGCUGGGUAGGGCCGGUGCCGAGAUGCCGGCUUGUAAACGAAACCAGUUUGCUAUCCGAUACGAUCCAGGCAACAGCGGCCUCGCGUGAUAUCCCCACGACGUGGAAGAACGUCAGCGCGCCUGGCCUAGUGGGUGUUACCUGAGCGACCUGGAGAACGGUCGCGCGAACCCACCUGACAGAGAUUUUCAAUGGGCAUCGGAGCUCUUCGCAACGCGAGCCUCAUUCAAUUCAGACGUUACCACGUGCCGCCUUUCGGGAAUUGUUUCGAAAUUAAUCAGUGACGUGUCGCGACGCGCACGCGAGAAAGAGAGAGAGAGAGACGAAAGGGAAGAGAGGGAGAGAUUCGUCAAUGUGGGCUUUCAUAAUUUAGUACCUGCGGAAACAGAGGCGAUCGUUCUUCGGGCAAUUCUCUCACCUCGUAAGAGAUUCAAACUUGCCCCGUGUUUCUCUUCACAUAUCAUAAUACCUGAUUUGUUUGUACUUUCAAACUUAAGAAUUCUGUAGUGUCGAUAGUGAAGUGGGGUAAUCAUUCAGUGACCGUCACGUCCGUUUGUAAUGAGCGAGCGUACCGCGCGCGACUCCAACGAAUCAUGAGAAGAUCCAAGAGCAAGCAUAAAUCGAAGCGUGCUUCCUGAACCGCGAUAAAUCCGGGUGACAUCGAUACUCCAAGAAGACAAAUUAAAUCAAAAUUGGUGUAUCGCGAGAAGAUCACCGUUUCGGGAAGAUGUCCGCCGCUGGGACCACGCCGCCAAACGCGAACGGUCCGCUUGUACCUUGUCCGUAUCUCGCUCUGCCAACCUUAUCUUUUUCCGUCAGCCAGGUGGCAACGGUUUGCGAGACCCUUGAAGAGAGCGGCGACAUCGAGAGGCUGGCCAGGUUCCUAUGGAGUCUUCCGGUUGCUCAUCCCAACAUUCAAGAAUUGAAUCAGAGUGAGGCUGUCCUCAGAGCGCGUGCCAUUGUGGCGUUUCACUCGGGACAUUAUCGGGAGCUUUACGCUAUACUCGAAAGGCACAAGUUCACCAAGGAUUCUCACGGUAAACUGCAAGCUAUGUGGCUGGAAGCGCAUUACCAGGAAGCCGAGAAACUCCGCGGUCGGCCGCUGGGUCCCGUAGACAAGUAUCGCGUAAGGAAGAAAUUCCCAUUACCGAGAACAAUCUGGGACGGCGAGCAGAAGACGCAUUGCUUCAAAGAGAGAACCAGGUCGCUGCUCCGAGAAUGGUACCUCCAGGAUCCUUAUCCAAAUCCGGGAAAGAAGAGAGAGCUGGCCGCCGCGACGGGACUCACGCCGACGCAAGUUGGAAAUUGGUUCAAGAAUAGAAGGCAAAGAGAUCGCGCUGCUGCAGCAAAAAACAGAAUGCAGCAACAGUCGGGUCAAGGAAACGGAAACGCGCGGCGUACUCUAAGUCCGGGGCCCGGCGGCAGCAGCAGCGAGGAGUCGGACAUUUCCCUCGGAGGAACAUCACCGCCAUCGCCAAGUUCCUCGCCGCCACCGAACCACCAACCAUCCCCGGUACCCCUCGGAUCUCUCGGACCUUUGCCACCACCCUCUUUGAAUUUCCGCUUCGAUCCUACGCAGCCGCACUUUCGAUUCGGUCAUACGACAGCUUUCAAGUUUCCACCGACGAGCUUCCGAUUCGGACCGCAUAGUCCGCAACCUAACCAUCCGAAUAUGCCGGGAGGUGGGAUUUUCAGGUUCGCGGAAUCGAGCCCUUUCCAGGCUGUAGGGUCCAGGGGUGAUCCGGCGACGAGAGAAAAUGCAGUUCUCUCUUUACUCUAUUACAGACUGCCGGAUUCGCUGGGUCUGCCACCACCGAGACUCCAUCCGCACGAAGGCCUACUUCACCACCCGCACCCCCAACAUCAGCUGCCUGAGGGAAUAUCUAGGAUAUCCGAAACGUCGCGAUUAUCCGACGGCGGAUUAUCUCGUCUUUCGGACAGUUUAUCGGAAGCCCACAGUCCGCCAUUGAUGGCGGCAAAUCUGUCGGUCACCGGUCCGCUGAGGGUGGCAGUACCUAGCCCACACACGCCCUCGUCCCGAGGCAGUCCACCUCCCCGUCAACCGACACCCCAGAGUCAGUCCCAAGGUCAGGGGCUGAUAAGGGUCGCAACGCCACCGCCGGCGAAUCCGAGACCGCAGAUCCACAGGCCCUUCUCGCCCGCGUGAUACGAUAAGGACGACGAAUCGCAAGACGUCAUCGACACGGAUGAUCAUCUGAUGUCGAAAAAGAGCUACAAAUGCGGUAAUGUCGCGAACGAGCGCUUCGAGGUGUUGUGAAGGCGGGGGAUCUGAUGAAGCGAACGACGACGAUCUGGUCAUGGAUCGACAGAUCCCGCGAGAUACAGGGAAUAGUCGGUUGUGUCUAGGAAAUUAUAAGUGUGCGUAGUAGCGCAGAUCCGAUACGACGUUCAGUGAGAAUAUAUUAUGUAUAACGGAAUGAAGGAUCGAUGAAGCUACGGAGAUUAUUCAAAGAUACAUAGAUGCAAGAUGUGAACCAGAGUAUCUAGCGAGAUGGCUUUUUUCCACGACUACAGUUAACAUCACCGAUAAACAGAUCUAAGAAGCUUAAAAACGAUAUUCACGAAAAUGAAUCAACGAUACAAAUAUGUAGAUACAUGCUGAAGUUUCGCUCGGAGAUAUCAGAAAUUACUACGCUAUGAAUUUUAGAAAGAAUGCGUUUGGUGAUGUGUGAUAGGACGCUCUUAUAAAACGCGGGAAUAGACGCUUCGAAAAGUGAGUGCAAUUCCGCUAAAUAAGUGCAAUCUCUCGGAUUUAAAAAAGAAAAAAUAAACAAUCAGGGCGUGUACAUAACUUCCGUUGGACGUUCCUGACUUGUCCGUUCAUCGAAAUCCAAGAACCAGAUGCAGUGAGUCUUAUAGUUUGUAAAUAGUGUCGCUCUUUCUAGUUAAUACUCUCUAUUAUGAAUAGUCACGGAGGUUGAUUAAUCAAGCAGCGAAUUGUACGGGAUUUUCAUGGCAGAAGUAAACGUUUUCCAAAGUACAUUUUUAUUUUCAUGUAUAUAAUAAAAUAUAAAUAUAAACACGCACACUAGUGUUACAUGUAUUGAUGUUACAUGUAUUGUAAUCAUAUUAAAUGUUUCAGUUACUCGAUUAUACAAAUGUGUAUAUAACAAAAAAUAAUUAUUUUUUGAAGAAAGAUAUAAUUAUUUAUUUCCAAGUAUGUGAUCAAAAAUUAUUAUUAUUAUUAUUAUUGUUAUUAUUCAAUAUCACAUUUUAAAAGUUUUGAAAUGAUUAAAAGCUUCUUUAUAAAAAACUAAUUUAUUUUUUAUAUAAGGCAACUUUGGUUUCUUUAUUACAAAAGUAUUGAUUUCUUGCGUGAAAAUCCUGUAUUUUUCCGGUGUCGAGCGUCGAAGUAGCAAGGCGUUAAAAUGAAAACGCGAGAGAACUCAAAGUUGGACUCGCUACAACAGUGGUUCCUUAGACUCGAUGGCCGAUGCGUAAAAAAACACGAAUCCCCAAUAUCAAUAGCUACAGACGGAGACCAUUGCGUUACGAUAUUGAUAUUUGAAAAAUCAGAAAAUGUCGUAGCUGCAACGAAAUAAUUCUCUAGUACCCAAGAGCAGUUCUUUUUCUCCAUUUUGUAUUUCUCUUAUUUUUUUUUUUUUGCUUAAAGCGAACGAUAACAUACAUUGUGCUGAAUCAUAUUACUGAGGUCAUCAAUAAAAUUUAUUUCAAUGUGUCCUCUAGUUAUAUAUUUUUUCCUUAAUAACUUUCUCUUUUCCCGUGCUAAUAAACUUACAGAACCAAAUUUUUCUUAAUGAACUUCAAAUUUUUUCAAAACAAAUUAAAUAUAAUCACAUAUGUUCUCUUUGCUAAACUAUAAUUUUUAUUUUAAUUUAAGAACUUUGUUUAUAAAAAUAAUAUAUUCCGUCACAGCUUCUUUUGCAUUUUAUUCUAUUCCCAAGUUUUUUAAUGAUUCACUUUUUUUUAUUUCUUUGAUGUAUAUAAGAAGAGACCAAAAUAUAAUGUUUACAGUUUCUUCCUCAUGACUUUUAAUUUUGUGAAUUUUAUUUUGUGACUUUAUAAUACCGUUUUGGGACCUCAGUUACAUUCGUAACAUAAUUGUUUAUACAUCAAUUGUCUAUGUUACUAAUAUGAUUGUAUAUAUGUUCUACUAUACCAAUCCCUCAUAUGUGAAAGAUUCAUACUCUAGAUAAAAUUACAAGAACAGCUCGGGUCUGAACGAAAGAGAGAGAGAGAGAGAGAGAGAGAGAGAGAGAGAGAGAGAGAGAAGUACGACUUAUUCUAUAUAAAAGAGUGCGAUACCCGAACGAGCUAAUUUACACUCCUCCUCCUGCCAAUUUCUUCCCCGUUAGGUUAAGUAGAAACUAGCGACAUUGUAUAUUUCAUUAAUCGCCUGGCUGUUUGGGGAAGGCCUGCGUCACUCUGGAAAUAAAAAGAGUGUGGAAGAGAAUUUCGAGGCCGGGUAUGGCCAAUCGAUCCUAUUAAGCGCGAGAUGAUAGAAACCUCACGCUUUCGCCCUCCUCUUUGUAGAUAGACUCGAUUAGCGAAAUUCUUGUAUAAUCUGUCUUAUAAAUAUGAACAUAUUACAACAGCACGUACACUAUACAUACAAUAUAUAUAGUAUAUAUAUACUAUAGAUAAAGAUUUACGUAAUUUACCUAAAGAUUAUCGAUACGGAAUUAUACAUAUAUAAAUAUAUGAAGAAGAAAUGAAGCAUUAUUAUUAUUAUUAUUAUUAAUAUUAUUAUUAUUAUUAUUAUUUGCGCCUGUACAUACGUUCGCGCGAAAAUAUAUUAACAGAUUAUUAUGACAUUACAA